UUUGAACCUGCGCUGGGGCAAGCACAACCAGAGUCACCAGUGUUAAUUACCUGGUCUUCAACAGCAUUUUGAAAAUACCUUAACAUUGGUGGCCUUGCACUUUUCUCAUCGGGACUUCUAACUGAUCAUUUACAAAUGAUUAGAAGAACUGCUUCUUUCUGAGAUUCAUCAUUUCACUUCCUGUGAAUUCCUAUCUUGCUGAAUUUGUGAAUAAGUGACAAACCAGACUCUUAAAAAUAACUGGAAUCAGUACUAGAAGUUUAAAAGAAACGGGUGCUGCACCUUAAUUUUGCUCUGAACUAGAAAAAUGGGCUGUGAUCGAAACUGUGGACUUAUCACUGGUGCUGUUAUUGGUGCAGUCUUGGCGGUGUUUGGAGGUGUUCUUAUGCCGGUGGGAGAUAUGCUAGUUAAGAAGACAGUUGCAAAGGAAGUUGUCAUUGAAGAAGGUACAAUUGCCUUUCAAAAUUGGGUCAAAACUGGCACAACAGUUUACAGACAGUUUUGGAUCUUUGAUGUGCAAAAUCCAGAAGAUGUGAUAGCUAACAGCAGCCGCAUUAAGGUUAAGCAAAGAGGACCUUAUACUUACAAAGUUCGCUAUUUAGCCAAGCAGAAUAUAACCCAUGACACUGAGCACCACAAAGUCUCCUUUGUACAACCUAAUGGUGCCAUCUUUGAACCAUCACUAUCAGUUGGAACAGAGAAUGAUACUUAUACUGUUCUCAAUCUGGCAGUUGGAGUUGUACCUCAUCUUUAUCCAAAUGCAUUUGUUCAAUCGGUACUCAAUUCACUUAUCAAAAAGUCAAAAUCCGCUAUGUUCCAAAGGAGAUCUGUGAAAGAGCUGUUGUGGGGUUAUAAGGAUCCAUUCCUCAGUUUGGUUCCGUACCCUGUUGAUACCACAGUCGGACUGCUUUAUCCUUACAAUAAUACAGUAGAUGGAGUUUAUAAAGUGUUCAGUGGAAAAGAUGACGUCAGCAAAGUUGGUAUAAUUGACACAUAUAAGGACAAAAAGAAUCUUACUAUUUGGGAAAGUUAUUGUGACAUGAUUAAUGGUACAGAUGCAGCCUCAUUUCCACCUUUUGUUGAACCCGAUCGAGUAUUGCAAUUCUUUUCUUCUGACAUUUGCAGGUCAAUAUAUGCUAUAUUUAAAGAAAAGAUUGAUCUGAAAGGAAUCGAAGUGUUCAGAUAUGUCCUUCCUGCCAAGGCCUUUGCAUCCCCAGCUGAAAAUCCAGAAAACAUUUGCUUCUGCACAGAAAAAGUAAUCUCAAAUAAUUGCACAGCUUCUGGUGUUCUUGACAUUAGCAAAUGCAAAGACGGAAAGCCUGUGUACAUUUCACUUCCUCAUUUUCUAUAUGGAAGUCCUGAUGUUUCAUCAAAUGUUGAAGGUUUAAAUCCCCAUGAAGAAGAACACAGAACAUUCUUAGAUAUUGAACCUACAACUGGAUUCACUUUACAGUUUGCGAAAAGACUGCAGAUCAACUUACUGGUCAAACCAGCAAAAAAAAUUGACGCAUUAAAGCAUCUGAAGCAUCAUUACUAUGUGCCUAUUGUCUGGCUUAAUGAGACUGGUACUAUUGGUGAUGAGAAGGCAGAAAUGUUCAGAGAUAAAGUGACUGGAAAAAUUAAGCUCCUUGGCCUGGUAGAAAUGAUACUACUGAGUGUUGGUGUGAUAAUGUUUGUAGCUUUUAUGAUUUCAUACUGUGCAUGCAAAUCAAAGGCAGUAAAAUGAGAAGAAAAUAAGUCAACUCUUCUGUGCAAUUACUUCAAUACUUUUGUUAAUAUUGACCUUUAAGUGAAGAUUUCAUAUACUUUCUUCUUCCAAAAAACAUCAUCUUUUAGUUGAAACAUGAUGACACUUUUUAUGUACUACCCUGAAGCAGUUCACUUCUAAAAGAUUAAGAUGCUAUUUAAAAUCACAUUUUUAAGAAAAGAAAGAACCUUCUAAAUUUCAUCACACAGUUGACUUAUCGUUUUGUUUUUAUAGACCUGGCUCAGGCAAUAACCCGUUAUUUUCAUUUGGUAUUGAAUGACAAGGUGUCUAGUGGUAAAUUCUAGAUUCAGAACCUUCGUCUUCCUGAUCAAGAGACACUUCACCCUUAGCUCCUUAGCAUUUUCACCCUUAGUGGUGUCCUUGUUCAGUUGCAACAGAAAGACUCGACGUUUUCAGAUCGCAUUUUCAGUAGCUACUCACCAUCUAUUUCUGAAAAACUUUUAAUAAUGGAAAAUAAACGACCAACAAUGAGCCAUUUCUUGAUAUUACUUAAGUUUCUUUCUCUAUGAAAUCCUUUGUCCAGCAAGACCAAGCAUUAUAACCAAUUUCUUUAUAAGAAUACGGACUUACAUUUUUGUCACUGAUUGUGUAAGUGGAUAUAUUUACCAUCUUUGGGCUCUUCUUGUUUAUAGACUGUCACUUUCUCCAUUCAGUCACUUUUCUGGAAAUCUAAGUAGAUUUAACCUAUCUAUAUUGUUACAACUUUUACUUAACAGCUUCAGAAUGCUGUGAUAGUAUUAAGAGAUGUAAAUAAUAAUAAAGGAUUACUUUAUGAAAGUUAAAAAGAGUAGUAGAAUGUGCACUAAUCAUACUUUUGUAAUAUCCCUUGCUUCUACCAUUUUUAAAACCUGAGAAGGACUGGAUUGAACCAUUAAGUAGUUCUUUCUUAAACUCUUGAACUUUGCCUGGUUCCUUGUUAAUUAAGUCACAAAAUGUUCACCUAAAUUUUCUGUGUGUAGUACUCUGAGUCCAUAUUUCUUUAUGAAUUCAAAUUUCCUUCUAAAAUAUUAUUAAAAAAUUCAAUCUUCACCAGUUUUGCCUAGGCUAAUUUUUGAAGACAUUUGCAAGAAAAUUAAAACAAAGCAAAAUAAAACAAAACAAAACCCUCUAUGUGGCUUUAUCAUUUGCUGCAUGAGGACUUAACUUUUAGACUAACCAUGAGAGAAUUUUCCAUUUUAUUAGGGAAUAUAGUGUUAAGUAAUCUUAGUUUCUUCAGCAAGCUUCUAUUUAUUAAAAAGUUCAUUCAUUUUGUCCAAUAUCUCUUGGUGGAAAGAAAAGAUGGACCUCAUUCUAUCUUCUCUUUUACACAUAUAUGUCUGUAGGACAAAAUAUUAGCACAUGGUUUAUUGGCAUGUUAAAAUUAAGGAACUCUUGAACUCCUCAUGUUAGCUGCCAAAGUAAUAUUGAAACCCUAAAGUCAUCACCUUUUAAAGAAAUCAUUUGAAAAUCUGAAGAUACUCAAAGUAUAUCUAUUUUAAUUUAAUUACAGAAAAAUGUAUCCCUCUAAGACAUAGACACAAUAUAAGAUUCUAGGUAUUCUAUUCUGAUAAUUAAAAGUCUACUCUCUUUGCAUUAGCGUAUUUUAUACAUGUUUUAAGAGAUAUAUGAAAGAAAUUUAAUUCUUGAGCUAAAUAAAUAUGAACUAUAUUAGUAGAAACUUAAGGUCUAUAUACCCGCUCAGUGAUUCAUAUUUUUAAAUAACUAUACAUAAAUGCAUAUUAUAGUAUUUAAGUACCAGGAAUAAAUAUUUUGACCUGGUCUUUAGUGUUGUUGAAUUAAACUCAUGUAUAUGCUAAUCUAUCAUUCCUCGAUGUUUCUUUUGCUAUAGUCUAUAAAUUUGCACAAGAGAGAAGACAAUCACAAGAUAGAUUAUAUUUUCAAAUACCCAAUGAAAAAAAUAAUACUUCUUCUUGAAAGGAUGGGAGAUAGAUGUUUUAAUAUGGAAAAUGGGUUUAGAUUUCUGUAAGUGUGCAAACAACAGUCUAUCCACAUAAGAGUGGGACAGGCUGAGAAUGUAGUACAUGACUUAUUUUGCACUGAGGCAAGUAUAUGGUGUUCAGAGAAUUAAAUGUUUGAAUUUUUUUCUUUGUAAAAGAGAUGACUUUGUAUGCUGUAUUCGAUACAUCAGUGGCACUAUUCAGCAGAAGAACACAUUUUCAUACAAAUUAUAAUUACCUACUACAAGGACUCUGGUUAUUUUUCAUAAAUUCGGUUUGAAAAUUUAUAGUAUCUUCAAAGAGAGUCUACAAUAUCUGAAACUGAGGUCAUGCUUACUUAUUGAUGCUGACACAUGCAUAGAAAUGGAGUGAUCUAUACAGUUUUCAUGUCUGGAAAAAAAUGAGGUAAAAGUGGGUAUCAUUUUAGGGAGAAAAAAAUAUAGUCAUAGGCAAAAAUUGGUUAUCCCUGAAAAUCUAUUCUGUGAGAAUACAGAUAUUUAUGUUAACUUCCCACUACAAAUGACAGAGCUGCAUCAUUAUUAUCAUUCUAGCUGGAAUAUGUUUUAGGUGUGUUCCACUGACAGUUCCAUUUAUCUGUGAGUCCAAUGUAUUAGGGACACUAUAGAUGCUAUCUUCUUGUCUAACUACAAUUCUAAAUGGAUUUUGAACUCUACUUAAAGAAUCUCUGUUAAUUAUAUUUUUUGCAUAUACCAACAGAUUUACCUAUGAUUAGUUUUUGUAAAUUGUUUGCAGUGAGCUGGACUAAUGAACUAAAAACAAGUUGUUGUUUUAUAAUUGUAUAGAGAUAAGCUGUUUAUUUGAUUUUGCUUUAUUCCUUUGGUGGUUCAAAGGUAGCUGCAUUUUCAAGUGUUUGUGCUGCAUUUUAAAUGCUUGAGAAAAUAAAAAUAUUUGUUGUUAAA